AUGUUGAAACGCAUGUCCAGGCGCAGUCGUUCCUUGUUGUCCCUGUCUCUAACCUCUCUAGCGUUAGCUCUUUCCGUGCUGGCCUUCUGUACCUCCUACUGGUGUGAGGGGACGCACAAGGUGGUAAAACCGCUCUGCCUGUCUCCUGUUAAAAUGAAGAACUGUGGCCAGAACAACAGUCAUCCCUAUAUUACUGAGAGCCCAACUCUAGACCCCAAAAAGUCUAUAUCCAAUGUGACGAUGUCCCCAAAGCAAAAGCAGGAAGAAGCCCGAAUAAGAGCGAAGAAGCUGGCCAACGCAGUCCACUAUAUGUGGGAGACAGGAGAGGACAAGUACAUGCUCAGAUACUUUCACACCGGUUUCUGGCUGUCUUGUGAGAAGCACCAUGAUGGUAAAGGAGAGAUAUGUAGAAGUUUUAUUGAACUGACUCCUGGAGAAACACAAGGGGUUCUUUGGCUUUCUUUAUUCUCCGAGUUCACGUACAUCACUCUGCUAGCAUUUGGAUUCCUCAUGAUGUGGGUGGAGUUGCUGUUACUUUGCCUAAAUAGAGAGAUGUACGCCCUCAAGAUCAAUGCAUUUGCUGCCAUCUGCACUGUUCUGUCAGGGAUGAUGGGAAUGGUGGCACAUAUGAUGUACACUACUGUAUUCCAACUGACUGUAAGCAUCGGCCCUAAAGACUGGAGACCACAGUCCUGGGACUAUGGCUGGUCAUUUGCUCUGGCCUGGAUUUCUUUUAGCUGCUGUAUGGCUGCCGCUGUCUGCACCCUCAACUCUUAUACCAAGACGUUGAUUGAGAUGAAGCGCCGCGCUCACAUCCGUCUGGAGGAGGCCCGCGCUACAAGUCAUGCUCCCCCUUAUGAAGACAUAGUCAGUGUCAGUGCUGGUGACGGCGUCUACGCCAUCAACCACCCUCUUCAGAACUACCAGCAGGGUAUACUGAUUGACAGACUGGUCUCUAGGGAGGAGAGCCUAACUGGAGUGUUGAAAGAAGGAAUGAACCCAUUUGGUCUGGUAAUGGUGGAAGGGUGUGGGUCACAGGGGUGUGAGGACUGUGAGAGGGAGAUGGACACAAUGAACGAUGUGUUAAAGAGAGAAGAAAGGGAAGAGGAUGAUGAAAUAUGCUGA